CAUCGCACUUUCCGGUCGCUUCAAGGCCGGUGGGAGUUGAUCAAGCCCGCUUGUGCUCGUUGGAGUGCGGCCAUGGACCAAGUGAGGGAUGCACCACCUAGUGGAACCGUGGAGAGCGACUAUGAGACAAUUGCCGGCAUGAGGUACAAGGAGAUGGCCGCUUCCAAGGGCAAGCCAUUCCCAUUUAAGCAUGUUUGGUCAAUUCUUCAAACCUUUGACAAGUGGAAGUUGAGGGAUCAAGAGACCGCACCCAAGAAGUCGGCAAUGCUAAGGAUGGAUGAUAGUUAAGAUGAGGAGGAGAGGAACUUGGGCAAGCCCGAGGGAACCAAGAAGGGCAAGCUAAGGGUGAAGAUGGAAGAAGAGGCGUCAAGCCUAAGGGAGAAGAUGGACCACAUGAUGAAGCCAAGAGAGGAAUUGACAACGAAGACAUUGGAGACGAAGCUUCUUAUCACCGAGAAGAAGAAAGAGGUCAAGCUUGCACAAGUUGAAGCAAAGCGUGAAGAAGCAAAGCGCAAGGCCGAGUUGGAGGAGAGGAUGAUCAAGCUCAAAGAGGCAAAGGUAUGGAAAGAACUCAUGGUGGAAGAGAAAGAGCACAUUAUGAUGUCCAAGAAGGACAUGGAUCAAGACCAAUUGCAAUGGUGGAAGGACACCAAGGAGGACAUCGCAGAGAGGAAGAGGAUGUUCCGUGUUGCGUCCUCUACUUUUCGAGGUGACACUCCGAUGAGUAGUUGUGGUGAUGGCGGUGUGUACGACUCCACCGGUGCCGAUGGAGAUGCUUGAUGGAGCCCGCUUGUGGUCUAGGAGAUGGCGCCGAGGUGCAACUUUUUGGUGAUGGUGCCGAUGAGAGGAGGAAGAUGAUGAUUUUGUGAUGUAAACUAUUAAACCAUGCAUCAACGAUUGCCAUUUGGUAAUUUGUUUGGAAGUUGAUUGUGUUCUUGUUGUCAUAAAUUAUGAGAUGUCAAAUGAUAGAUUUAAAGGUUGGGGUCGAGGCAAAGACUAGAACCCUCAAAUCUAAUCCUUAAAGCAGUUUAAGGGUUGGGUUUAAGGGUUCUAGUAUUUGCCCCUGUUUUUCAACCCUUAAAAGUGUCAAAAAGUGGCACUUCUCAACCCUUAAAACUGCUUUAAGGAUUUGAGGGUUUGAGGGUUCUACUAGUAA